ACAUGCUUCAUACCAUCAUGUUGAAGGACAUUUCUGCCACAAAAGAUGUCACAAUGAGACCGUGUGGUGUAACUCACCUCCUGGAAUUACAAGACCCAAAUCACCUUCCUCACCUGACAGUGAGCAGAGAUGUGGAGGCCAGGAUCUCCUCCCUGAAUGAAUUCCAUGUCGGUUUGGUGAAUGAAACCUGGAAACGUGGAGGUGAUGAAAAUGGUUUCCAAGUAAUCAAACAUCUGAUAAGCCACUUCCCUACAUGUUGCAUCACUGAUGAAGAAGGCCGUCCAGUUUCCUGGGUGCUGCUGUAUGAUUACUGUGCCAUGGGGAUGCUAUACACCCUGCCAGAGCACAGGGGGAAGGGCUAUGCCAAGAUCCUGGUGAGCACCAUGGCAGCAAGGCUCCAUGCCCAGGGUUGCCCUGUGUACUGCUACAUCGAGGAGGAGAACCAGGUCUCCUACAGGCUUUUUAAGAAACUGGGCUUUACUGAGCACCCCUCCUACAGGGCCACCUGGUUUGAGUUCAACUACUAA